AUAAUGGAAGAGGUUAAGAAAAGGAUCAGACUUUAUCGUGGAAAUCAUUCAAAAAUGCUUAGCUCCGACCAGAUCAAACCUAAGCAUCUUGGUAAGAUGAAUAAGAUCCAAAGGAUCUUAUUCCAAGAUUUUCUGGACCUAAAGGCCCAGAAAAAUUGUGAAGAAGAUAGCCAGAAAAUAAAAGACUUAAAGUAUGAAAUCGCUAAACUUCAGAUUCUAAUCAACAUCAAGAAGAAGAAUCUCAAGAGAAGGGAAUAUCUUGAAGAGUUUCUCCAAAAUCUUCAAGAAAGGAGAGAAGCUCUUAGGCUCAGGCUCAGGCCCAGCUUGGGCCUGAGCCCAGAGAGUUCUGGCAUGCCUGAGAAGGGAAUGGGUAAAAGACUGGUUAAAAUAAAAACCAAAUCCUUGAGAGAGAUUAGAAAGCAGCAGGAACUGCUCAUCAUAAAUUCCAAGCAUCCAGAAAAAGAUCGAAGAGAGGUUUUAUAUGGAAAUCUCCAGCUUUGCUAUAGCUUGGAAACAGAUGACAAAAUUAAAGAGAUCUAUACCAAAUAAAGAACAAGCUGAUAGCGAAGGAUCUGAUUAUGACGUUAUUGAUUGGAAUGAAGUGAAAGAAGAAAGAAAGAAUGACGAAGAGGAAAAAGAUCAGCUUUCUUUUAAAGAUUUUAAUGAGGAAGCACAAAAUGAAUUAGAAUUUAAUAAUCAUAUGCCAGAUUUAUUAAACUCACCACCAAGCAGUGUCGAGCCUGAGUAUUAUAAUAACAGAGGACAGGAUAUCUCAAAAUAAAGAAGAUACCUCUAAAAUGCCAGAAAUUGGCUAUAUUGAUAAAAUAAAAAGGCUCGAUGGGUUUCUAUAUAAUCUGAAGGACUCAAUUGAAUUAUUUUAUCAGAAAAAGCCUAGUCAAAAACUCCACAAAGCUUUAUCACACAAUUAGCCCACCAAUAUCUCCCUCCAGAAAACUCUUAACCCGGAAAUCUUUUGAAAUAUCGCCAAACUUCUGCCAAGGCGAAGACUCUCCUAUAAUCCAAAAAGAGUUCUUUCCAAGUUCUACUUGGAAAGAACUCUUUGGAUCAUUUCAGCAUAAGGCUUUGCUUUUGAGAUGUUUUGCGAACAUUCUCAAAAUUUGUCUGCCUUACCCCAUCGGUGAGAACGGAGUUCUCACCGAUGGGGCUCAAGAAUACACAUUGAUUCCUUCUUGACAAGCCAAUCACGACCACAAUAAGCAUGCGUACAAAAUGCUCAUAUCUGAUCUGGAAUUUAUGCACAAAGAAGUCUCAAAGCUGGCUGGCAGCCAGCUUUGAGACUCUUGCUACAUAGAUUUAAUAGAGAAAUUAUGCAUUUAG